CCCGGUUAAAAUAUAAACGACAAUAAUUUUAUUAAUUAAGAAACAUGCAGUUACCGUACGGCGUACGAGGAACAUGUUCGUUUUGUGAAACCUUUACGUUAACGAUUUAUAAUUUUAUAUUACAACACUAAUUGAUAAUCGGUGCAUUUCUUGCGUUAUUAUUUGCUGUGCAGUACUGCAGUCUGCAGUUUUACUGCAACUGGAUGGCGGAUGCAUCGAAUUUUGGUAGAUAUUCGACGACGUCGCCCGUCUCAACCCUGUUUGUCUAAAACCCGCAUUGGUUAGGACUCGGGAGAGAACGCCUAGUCACGAAACAAGAUGCAAUUUAACAUCAUCUCCAAGCCACAACAGGCCCAGUCGGAAAGUUGUCGCGCAGCUCACAACACGCUUUCGUAUUUAUUCACGUUUAAGACGAUAGAAAAAUAUUUAAAUUUAUUGUUGUCGAGUGUAGUUAAUAAUUUACUAUUAUAGUGAAGAUGUUUGCGCGUGCGCGACUGUUGCUCAGUUUGUCGUAAUUUGGUGGUACGCAACGUCGCGAACUCGCAAUUCUUAUUAACUCCCAUAUUCCGUCUGGUUGUCUAUCAUCUCCAGUAUCUCCACAGUGGCACAGUUUGCGACCGACGUGCAACGAAAGUGUGUUUAGUGUUUAUAUUUCAACUUGGAAACGUCGUCGUCGUCGCUGCGGUAUCCGCAUUAAUCACCCGACGUGGUUCUCCGAAAUCUUCCGUGCCCAAAGCUCUCCGGUAUCCGCCAUGACAGUUUACCUGGACCUUGGGCCAUUGUUCUUUUCACUACACUCCGACAAACUGUUUGAAGUGCUGUACAGACGGACCGACAAGCUCCAGUCGACCAUUAGCAUGCUGUGCAGCCGCUUCGUGGCUAACGUCAGAAAUUCUGAUUUGUCAAAUGAUGAAAAUAUAGAAUAUGAAGAAUAUAGUGAUGAUGAGUUUGAUUUACAUUCAGAUAAAUUUAAAUUAGGCACUACUGUUGUUGAAAAUGGAUCAUUAAAUUUUAAAAUGAAAGUAUAUGAUAAAGGAGCACACAAAAUUAAUGCAGCUCUUAAGAAUAUAGGUUUAGUAGUGUGUAAUUCUAAUUCUAAACAAUAUAAUAUGGAGCCGUUACAGAUAUAUUAUUAUAAGAAUAAUAUUGCCAGUUAUCUUCCAAAUGGAAAUCAUUAUUCACCAAAAUCAGAUAAUUCAUUAGAUAGUCCGGGUAAAAAUUAUUACGAAGAAAGUGAUUACAAGUCAGUUUUUUUAAAAUUAUCUUCAGAGAAGGAAUUUGAAAUUAAUGUUGAUGAGAAUAGAAAUUAUAAUCAAAACCGACCAAUUACUCCAAAAAGUACUGGAUAUAUUCGCACAGAAAAAAAAAGUUCUCAUAGGCCCAGUAAUCAGAAAAGAUUUUCCAAUAAAUAUUGGACAAUGAGGCAUAUGUUAUUUUCAAAAUUUGAACAUGGUAUUCUUCUUGACGAUGAAAGCUUUUAUUCUGUAUGUCCAGAAAUAUUAAGUUACCAUAUAGCAAAACGUUGUAGAAAUGACAUUGCCUUGGAUCCAUUUUGUGGUGCUGGUGGGAAUAUAAUUCAAUUAGCAUUUACAAGCAAAUUAGUUAUAGCAAUUGAUAUAGAUCCGUAUAAAAUAAAACUAGCACAAAACAAUGCCAAAAUAUAUGGUGUAGCUGAUAAAAUUGAAUUUAUUGUUGGUAAUUUUUUUGAAAUUUUUUCAAUGUUAAGAGCUGACGUUAUAUGCAUGUCGCCACCAUGGGGUGGACCAAAAUAUUUGUUUGAUAAUAGCUUUAGUAUUGCGUCCAUGUGCAAGAAUUAUAAAUUUGGUGGUUUUACUAUUUUUGAUAUUGUUAAAAAUAUUGCUCCAAAUAUUGCAUUUCAUAUGCCUAAAACAACUAAUAUAUUCGAAUGUUUAUGGUUAGCAAGAUUUUUUGGGAAAGUGGAAGUACAACAGAAUAUUAUCAAUGAAAAACUGAAUUCAAUUACAGCAUUUUAUGGAGACUUUAUUGAUUUAACUAACAAUGACUAUUAAAAAAAUAAAUAUAACUAAUAUAAGCAAAAAAAUAAUUUUAUAACAUCAUAGCAUGUG